ACAGAUCUGAGCGCCCAGCUGGGAUCUGUGCUCCUGGGCGUCACUCUUCCAUUCAGACAAGUUGGAACAGCUUUGCACUCAUCUCUGCUGGCCCUGGGACAGACUGCCUUACAAGCUGGACAUAUUUAUAAGAAGGCACAUAACGUAGCAAGAACUCUGCUGAAAGUCCUCUUAGAAAUUCUCACUCAGGUGUAUAUGUAGCUCGUGAUCAUUGCAUUUGAGUUAAUUUAUAGUUCUGUCAAGGUGAAGCCUUAAAUAAACACUCUGGUAAUAUAGAGUUCAUUUCAAGAGAGGUUCCUAUCAAAAUGGAGAGCCACCGUCCUUGAGAGACCGAACGAGAUGGGAAAAUGGGAGAUAACCAUGAACCCAGUGCAGGAGUGGGGUGAGGAGACAGAGGACGGAGCGGUGUACGGGGUCACUCUGCACCGGGAGCCCGUCCCUGGAUCCCCCAGCCCCUGCGAGACCAGAGCACCCUGCUGUGGUUUCGUCCAGUACCGGACCUGCAAGGUGCGGCGCCUGAAGGCCGCCACUCUGGACCAGCUGGUGAAUCAUCUCCUCGACUGUAGGAACCAGGAGCAGGACUACGGCAGGAUCUUUCUCUCCACAUAUAGAACUUAUACCAACACAGCAAAGCUCAUAGAGCUGCUCUUUCAGAAAGACAGUGCCUUCUUAGAUCUUGACAAUGCUGAUUACACCAAGAGCCCUCUGCUGAACUUUAUCCAGACAUGGUUUGAUGAGUACAGUGAGGACUUCAGGGACCCUCCGCAGCACGCAGCGCUCAGGCUGCUGUUGGACCGCCUAAGGAUCAGCGCAGCUGUGCAUGACAACAUGCGCAGCCAGCCCAACUUCUGUUCGUUGGCGGGACAAGCUGAGGAGCUGCUCAAGAGGUUCCAGAAAGAAGACGUGGCAUCAAAUGUUGGUUUUGCUGCAGCAGAUCUUGAGCAAGAUGAGGAGGGCUCUGCUGAUGAGGAUUCAGGAUGUGAAAACUCUCCAGAUCCAGGAGACAUCAUGGAUUUCUCCGCUGCAGCCAUUGCAGAACAGCUCACUCAGAUAGACUCUGCUCUGUUUGUCAAAGUAGUGCCCUACCAGUGUUUGGGCUGUGUGUGGUCCCAGAGAGACAAGAAGGAGAACAUGUCCCCCACUAUUCGAGCCACCAUUGCCCAGUUCAAUACCAUCACCAAUUGGGUCAUUGGUUCCCUGCUCUGCCUGCCUUGCACUUCCUCUCGUGUGCCUCCCACAUCAGCAGCACAGAGGGCUUGCAUCAUAGAGAAGUGGAUCAAAGUAGCACAGGAAUGCCGUCGCUUGAAGAACUUCUCUUCUCUGAAAGCCAUCCUGUCUGCCCUUCAUUCAAAUGCAAUUUACAGGCUGAGGAAGACCUGGGCUGCUGUGUGCAGAGACAGCAUAUCCACGUUUGAGAACCUCUGGGAGACUUUUCCUGAUGAGAAUUGUGUUCUGAUGAACAAGGAGCUCCUAGUGGAGGAUUCAGGCCAAGCCACAGUGGGCAAUGUUUCUCCAAAGAUAUACAAGAAGUGCCAACUCCUCAGACAGAUGAGUACCUCCAGUGGAGUGGUUCCUUACCUGGGCACUUAUCUGACCGUUCUUACCAUGUUGGACACAGCUCUGCCAGACACUGUGCAGGGCGGACUCAUAAACUUUGAGAAGAGGAGAAGAGAAUUCGAUAUCUUGUUACAGAUUCGAGUGCUGCAGGCAUCCUGUUCCCAGUAUCAACUCCCUCAUCACCCUAAAAUCACCACUGCUGGUAUACAUAAACACAAGCUGCUUACUGAUCAGGAGAGUUAUGAACUGUCCAGACGACUCGAGCCUCCGAACGACACAUGUUCUUCGACGUCCUGGAACAACCGCUCUCUUACAAAGAAACUCUCCUUUUUGCUUUCGCCAAGCGAUGGUUCAAAGAAGCUUCCUGCUGAUCAGAUCAGCCUUUCGUCUUCCGGAUCCAGCUGUUCUGAGAUGGAGGAUCUGUCUUCUCCAAAUCUGUCCCGUUCCACACGACCACAGAGUUUCCACAGUUCUUGUAGCAAUGUAUCUGAGACCUUCUCAUCACCCUCAUCCUCCCCGUGUCCCUCAGCGGUUUCUUCUUCGGAGUCUCCAUCUCCCUGCAGUUCCUCCUCUGACUGCAGCACAGACCUCUGCUCUGCAGCCUCGGCUGAUGGAGGCUCGCGCCCGCACCCUUCUCUGGCCUCCCAGCACAAACGCUCCAUUUCCAUGACCUCCCUGCCUGUGUAUAACCGUCAAGGGGCUGACUCCUGCAUCAUCAGGGUCAGCGUGGACCUGGGGCACAACAACGGCAACAUGUAUAAAAGCAUCCUGUUAACCAGCCAUGAAAAAACUGCUCAGGUGAUUCAGAGAGCUCUGGACAAGCAUCACCUUGAGCACAUGAACGGCCAGGAGUUCACUCUGACGCAGGCCAUCUCACAGGAAAGAGAGUUGCUCAUACCAGACAAGGCCAACGUCUUUUAUGCCAUGUCCACCACUGCAAAUUUUGACUUUGUUCUGCGUCACCACCACAAAUGCCAGAAGAAACCCCUGAGACCAACGAGGAGUCUUGGACGGUUUACAAAAUGAGCACUGCUGGUCUGCAAGCGGAGCUGAGCUGAUUGGACUCAAAGAAAACUGCCUUUGUUUUUAAUUUCUAAGAAAUGCACAGUCUCCAAUAUCAUUUUCAGGAUACUGAAAUGAAUUCAGACACAGACGAGAUGAAGCAAAAGCACUUUAUAGAGACAAACGUUCUCAUCACUUGGGGAGAAAUGGACAUGGAACAACAUCCAGAUCAGAUUUUUGUUUGUUGUUAAAGAACUUCAAACUAAGAAACAAUGAAAACGCAACCUGAAGUGUGUUGGCGAAGGCAGAUAUUUUAGAUGCCAGGAAAACACACGGAGCAGCGCACCCGCCUGAGAGCCGCACAUGCCAACAUGCUUGACAUUUUUCUGACACAAACAUGAAGAAAUGAUCGUCCUCUUCCGUCAGUCAGCAGCCAAACACGAGCUGUGUGUUUU